GCGCUUUGUUGUUCUUUCGGGACAGAAAAGACAGAGAAAAUUAAUUUUAACUCGCUGUAAACAACCCGGGUCAAACAAAGAUACCGUCGUAUUUGAUUCAGCGUAAUCAAAUGACAACCGGGUGAGGAGUUAAUCCGGUAUCGUUUUUAGGAAAACUGGCAUAUUUGUGAAACUAAACAAGCUGAACAUUGAGCUAGCAUAAGCAUUCCAGAUUGGAGCGGAAGGGGAUCAAUCCUUGCUAGGAUGCCUCACGCAAGUUGGAUAAAGCUGUAUUUUACAGAUCCGCUUGGAUGCAUGGCACUUUAACCCUGAAGUAUGUGUUUGUUUAAGUGGUAAUUAAGCUGCAGGAACAGUUUUAUGGUGGUUUUGUAACUGUUUUUUAACCAGUUUAGUGAGUUAGCCACGUAGCUACGUAGCCUUUCUGUAGGGAAGACAUUUAAAAUGGCGGAAGACUGGCCCAUUCCUUCGGCCCUCGUCUUCAUGCUUCUGAGUUUGAGUGCCUGGGCCCUUGAGUCCUGUCCGGUUCCUUGCUCGUGUUCUGAGGGACAAGAUGGGCUCCAUAUCCUGGACUGUAAUAGAAAAAGGCUGUCGACGGCUCCCCUGGACCUACCAGAUGGGAUAAACCAAGUGACCAUGAACCAUAAUGAGCUGACUGCUUUUCCAUAUCUUGGAGAUGUUUCCUCAAACAUCACCUCGCUGUCAUUAGUCCACAAUCGCAUCUCAGAGCUUUCAAUGCUUCAGCUGCAGCCGUACGUUUCCUUGGAGACGCUGGACCUGACGUCUAACUCUAUCUCUGAGCUCAAAGUUGGAUCCUUUCCCUCCAUGCAACUAAAAUAUCUGAAUUUGAGUAAUAACAAGAUCAGCGUCCUCGAGCCUGGCUGCUUUGAAAACAUCUCCAGCUCCCUGCUGGUGCUAAAGCUCAACAGGAACAGAUUAGUUAUGCUGCCAUCCAAAGUCUUCAAACUUCCACAGCUUCAGUUCCUCGAAAUGAAGCGUAACAAGAUCAAGAUAGUGGACAGCCUGACAUUCAAAGGGAUGGACUCACUGAGGUCACUGAAGAUGCAAAGGAACGGCAUCACGAAGCUCAUGGAUGGAGCCUUUUUCGGACUGAAUAACAUGGAAGAACUAGAGUUGGAGCACAACAACCUAACUGAGGUCAACAAGGGUUGGCUGUAUGGCCUGCGCAUGCUGCGUAUCCUGCGGGUCAGCCAGAAUGCUGUCGGCAUCAUCCGACCAGACGCCUGGGAGUUUUGCCAAAAGCUGGAGGAAUUAGACCUGUCCUUCAAUCAUCUGACGAGGCUGGAGGAGACAGCUUUUGUAGGAUUGGGCCUCCUGGAGAGCCUGAACCUGGGAGAGAACUCCAUCAGCCAUUUGGGAGAGGGAGUGUUCAGUAGCCUGGCCAGUCUGCGCACGCUAGAUAUCCGCAAUAAUGAAAUCUCCUGGGCAAUUGAAGACUCCAUCGGUGUGUUUGAUGGAAUGAAAAAGCUGAACACACUAAUCCUGCAGCGGAACAAAAUCAAAUCGAUCACCAAAAAAGCUUUUGAGGGGCUGGAGGAGCUGGAGCACCUGGACCUCAGCAAGAAUGGCAUCAUGUCGAUACACCCUGAGGCGUUGGCACAUAUAAAGCUCAAAGUGUUUGUCCUGAACACAAGCAGCCUGCUGUGUGACUGCCACAUGCAGUGGCUGGGGCCCUGGCUCACUGACAGCCAGUUCCAGCAGUCUGUGUCCGCUGUCUGCGCCCAUCCUGCCAGCCUGCUCGGUCGCAAUGUCCUUUCCAUCAACCCAGAAGAGUUUGUUUGUGACGAUUUCCCCAAACCACAGAUCACAAGUCACCCAGAGACGUCUGUGGCACUGCGGGGGAAUAACGUCACUCUGAGCUGCGUCGCGUCUAGCAGCAGCGAUUCGCCGAUGACCACGGCAUGGCGGAAGGAUGGCGAGGUGCUGUACGAUGCGGAAGUGCAAAACUACGCACAGUACCAGGAGGGAGAGUUGAUCUACACCACUGUGCUUCACCUCCUCAAUGUCAACUUCACUGAUGAGGGGCGCUACCAGUGUGUGGUGUCCAAUCAUUUCGGCUCUAACUACUCCAACAGGGCCAAGCUUACUGUCAAUGAGCUGCCAUCCUUUCUUAAGACACCCAUGGAUCUGACUAUCCGGACUGGCACUAUGGCCAGACUGGAGUGUGCUGCUGAAGGCCAUCCAUCACCCCAGAUUGCUUGGCAGAAGGAUGGAGGCACUGACUUCCCCGCCGCCCGAGAGCGCAGGAUGCACGUGAUGCCAGACGAUGACAUCUUCUUCAUUGCUAAUGUCAAGACAGAAGACAUGGGAGUGUACAGCUGCACGGCUCAAAAUGCGGCUGGCAGCCUGUCAGCCAACGCUACGCUCACCGUUCUGGAAACUCCAUCCUUCAUGCGGCCAUUGGAAGACAGAACAGUGGCUCGUGGCGAAACUGCCGUGCUUCAGUGUAUUGCUGGAGGCAGUCCUGCCCCCCGCCUCAACUGGACCAAAGAUGAUGGACCUCUGGUACUCACAGAGCGCCACUUCUUUGCUGCUGCUAACCAGCUCCUUAUUAUAGUUGAUGCCGGUCCUGCUGACGCUGGGAAGUACACCUGCAUCAUGUCUAAUACACUGGGAACAGAGCGUGGUCACAUCUACCUGAGCGUCUCACCGUCACCAAACUGCGAUACCGGCGUGGGGUACGACCAGGACGGCUGGACCACCGUGGGCAUCGUGGUGAUUGUGGUGGUGUGCUGUGUGGUUGGAACCUCACUGGUCUGGGUCAUUGUCAUCUACCACAUGCGCAGGAAGAGCGAAGACUACAGUAUCACCAAUACAGAUGAGAUGAAUUUACCAGCAGACAUCCCCAGCUAUCUAUCCUCUCAGGGUACUUUGUCAGAGCCUCAGGAAGGCUACAGUAACUCUGAGGCUGGCAGCCACCAGCAGCUCAUGCCUCCUCUCUCUAAUGGAUAUGUCCAUAAGGGCACAGAUGGUGUGUGUUAUGGAGACACGGGCAGCGAGGUGGAAACCGAGGGCAACGGCAUGCUGCACUGCAGGGUCGGCUCUCUGUUCACUGGCCGCAGCAGCUUCCACCCUGGGGAGGCUCGCGAGGGACUAGCUGGAGUCCCUGCAGGUGGUGCAGUACCGCUGGUCAUCUGCUCCGACUGCUAUGACAAUGCCAACAUCUACUCUCGCACACGGGACUAUUGCUCCUACGCCUAUCUGGGGGAAGACGACCCGCUAGACAAGACUCUACCAGGCCUUAAGGAGGGCUUCGGCGAGCAUCCCCAGCACGAGGACCCGACACUGGAGAGCCUCAUUACAAACCGAGACUCCUCCGUCUUUCUCACCUCACACGACAAAAGGUUGAGCAACCACACUCCUCCGGAGCACUACACUAAUGAUUCUCUUAGCAGGUCAUUCUGGGGGGAAGGCGAAGAUCCAUCCUCAAAACCCCAACCAGGCACGUCCCAGCACCCAGUGACUGUACACAGGACACCUCCUCUGACCUCCUCUGCUGACGGUGCAGAGGAGCAGAGCGGAGCAGAGGUGGACUGCUUCUCCAACCAAUGCACACAGAAUCACAGAAGUGCCUCUAAUAGGACUAACCCUCAGGAGCAACCCGCUCCCACAUAGGUCCUAACACUACACCCAUGUUCUGCCUCUGACUCUUUGUCGCUGCACCCCCUCCUC